AACUUUCGUAUCAGUCCCUCAAGACGUCGUAUUGACCUCCAUGACCAAUGUCCAUAGACUUGAUCGACGCCUAAAUGUUUGCUGGAAGGGGUACAAGAAUAUUGAAACUGAAAAUUUAAAAGGCACAUGGCGUACCCGUGUCCCUCCGAGAAGGCGUGUUUACAUGAUUUCGGACAGCCCUUUGAGUAAAACCUGUCACUCGGAAGUCUAGCGCUCAGCGGAUUAAAAACGAAAGUCAGUAGGACAAUCAUAGGGCACAUGAGUUUGGUAGAACAAGCAUCAGGGAGGAGAGACAAAAAGAGCCCAUUUUACACAUCUUAUUUAGGUCACAACUGGAUUGGUGUUCCUUCGUGCGCUCUAAAGAGAAAGUAUAUAUAUUUUUUCUAUUACAUUUGAUUAAUUGCGUGUGUGAAGCGGUGCGGUGACGCGAUGAGUCAAUGGAAACAGAUCCAGCAGCUCGAGGUCGGUCUCCUGGAGCACGUGGACUACCUGUACAAUGACAACUUCCCCAUGGACGUCCGACAGGGUCUAGCAGACUGGAUCGAGGGUCAGGAUUGGGAGACAGCAGAGCGCAAUGAGUCUAUGGCAGCAAUGCUGUUCACCAACCUGAUGGGACAGCUGGAGAGAAGCUGUGCCCAGGAGCCCAACUUCCUUCAGAGACACAACCUGAAGAUCAUCCACCAACAGCUACAGAUGAAGUACAACACCAACCCGGGGCUGAUCGCCCGCAUGAUCUCCACCUGCCUACGAGAGGAGCGUCGCAUCUUGUCCACCGCAUGCAUGCAGCAACAGGGUCCCCUGGAGAACUCCAUGCCAAACUCUGUGACUCUGGAGAAGCAGAAGAACAUAGACAACCGGGUCGCCAUCAUCAGAAGCAGUGUCCAGCUGAUGGACCAGGCUGUGAAGUAUAUCGAAGACAUGCAGGAUGAGUUCGACUUGCGCUACAAAACCUUACAGUCUCGAGAUCCAGCAGAGAAGACGACCGAGAGGAUGAAAGAGGAAGUGAUCAGACUACAGGAAAUGCUAAACAGACUGGAUUUCAAAAGGAAGGAGAUCCUGUCCAAGAUGGGUGAUGUCAUCAAGGAGGUAGACUCCCUGGUGACGUGUGAUCUCCACCCAGAGCUGCUGGAGUGGAGACGCAGGCAGCAGGUCUCCAUCAUCGGGGGUCCUCUCCUCACCGGCCUCGACCUGUUGCAGAACUGGUUCACUGGGACUGCCCAUAGUCUGUUCCAGAUAAAACGUCAGCUAGACAAGCUUGGGGAGCUGGUCGUCAAGGUAACGUACGAGGGCGACCCCAUCCCACUACAGACGCCCCACAUGGCUGAGACGGUCAGGUGCCUCGUCUACCUCGUCAUCAAGAGCUCGUUUGUGGUUGAGAUGCAGCCGUGCAUGCCCACUCACCCUCAGCGUUCCCUAAUCAUCAAGACCGGUGUGCAGUUCACCACCAAAGUCAGACUCCUGGUUAAACUUCCUGAGGUGGACUACCAGUUGAAAGUGAAAACAACUUUUGACAAGGACCUACCACCCGGCAGACUAAACCGUCAGUUUUUCAUCCUGACCAACAGCACUAAGGCCAUGGACGUGGAGGACUCGGCCAAUGGCUGCCUCUCGGUGGAGUUCAGACACCUGCAGCUUAAAGAGAAAAAGUACAUCAAUGGUGCGAAGGGGAAUGAGGGCCUCCUCAGUGUGACGGAGGAACUCCACUCUCUGAGUUUCGAAGCUCACUUCAUGGUUCUGGGCCUCGCUAUCGACCUGGAGACAACUUCGCUGCCCCUAGUGGUAAUCUCCAACGUCAGCCAGCUUCCUGCCGGCUGGGCCUCGGUCAUGUGGUACAACCUUCUGACGGACGAACCCAGGAACCUAGGUUACUUUGGUAACCCUCCCCGGGCCAGCUGGAGUCAGCUGUCUGAGGUGCUGAGCUGGCAGUUCUCCAGCUUUGCAGGCAGAGGGCUCAACCCUGACCAGCUCCUCAUGCUGGGGGAGAAACUCCUUGGUCCAGGCAACUCCUCCGGUGACAUCCAGGUGUCUUGGUCUAAGUUCUCCAAGGAGAAUAUCCCAGGAAAGGCCUUCAGCUUCUGGAUCUGGCUGGAGUCCAUCUUGGAGCUGAUUAGGAAACACUUACUGCCGGUCUGGAACGACAAUUACAUCAUGGGCUUCGUGAGCAAGGAGAAGGAGCGAGCCUUGCUCAAGGGCAAAGAGGGAGGGACCUUCCUGCUUCGCUUCAGCGAGAGCCACCUUGGAGGGAUCACCUUCACGUGGGUGGAGCAGGCAGACAAUGGGGAGUCAAACUUCACCUCCGUGGAGCCAUACACCAAGAGCCGCCUGAUAGCCCUGCCGUUCGCCGACAUCCUCAGGAAUUACAAGGUGAUCUCGGAGGGCUUGGUGACCGACAACCCCCUCAAGUUCCUGUACCCCAACAUCCCCAAAGACGAGGCCUUCAGCCGGUACUACACCAGCCCCCAGAGCAAAGUCCAUCCAUACCUGUCUGCCAAUCUGAUCCCCAUCUCUGAGCUACCGUCCAACGGGAGCGUACCGCUGACACACUGCUCAUCCCCUGAGCCCCCCAUGAGUCCAGGGGUGUUCCAAAUGCUGCACCAGCAGCUGUGCUUCGACACAAUGAGCCCACCGCUGUUCGGACUCGCAGAGAACGCAAAGUGCGCGUUCAAUGCCCAUUGGAUUCAUCACAAAGCAAGGAUGGCUCAGUGGCAGGAGCUGAAGAACCUUGACUCGAAGCAUCAGAACCAGGUCAUCCAGGUGUAUGUCCACCAACAAUUCCCCUUGGAAUUCCGAGACAUUGCGAGCGCCUGGAUCGAGGCCCAAGAUUGGAAAUCGGUGGCAGAGGAUGAGGGACUUGCCCGGGCUCGUUAUGAUGAGUUGCUGGACAUGGUUGAGGAACACUACAGCCGUCUUGUGCAACAGAACAACAUUUUAGGCGGACCCAACUAUUUACAACUAGUAAACGAUGCGAGGGCCCGCUUCCAGGCGGACCCAGUGUGCAUGGCAAGGAUCAUCUCUCGAUGUCUGUCAGAGGAGCGGAAGAUCAUUACAUCAACUAGGGCGAAUCUCCAGGAAUGCCAGAUAGAGCUGGACGACUCCAUCAUUGAACUGCAGAAGAAAAUUCAGAUGGCUGAUUUGAAAAUCAAGUCAAUCGACGAGCAGUUAGGAAAGCAUGACUCCUUCUUGAAAGAGUGGCAAGACGAAGUGGAGCAGCUGAACGGAUCACCAGUCUCCCUGCAACUUCAGAUGAGGAAGAUUGGCAUAGACCGAAUGCUCGAAGCUCUGAAUCAAGCCAGACUGGACGUGUGUAACCUGAUCGGGAACACGCUGAAGCUGGCAGAGCAGGUGGUGUCCAGGGUGGUGGAUGAGGAGCUGAGGAGCUGGAAGCUCAGACAGCAGCAGGCCUGCAUCGGAGCUCCAAUCGACACCAGUCUACACAAGCUGCAGAACUGGUUCAUGGCGGCCGCGUUAGCUCUGGACAAGCAGCUCCAACAGCUGAGGAAGCUGCCGGAACUGGACCUACAGUUUCCACCCAGUGACCUCCUGUCUCUGAGGACCCAGUGUGAGCAGACCGCACAUUGCCUGUUCAUAAAGCUCCUGAAAAAUGCUCUGGUGGUGGAGAAACAGCCCAACUCUGCUCAGAGACCUCUGAUCCUCAAGACUAACGUGCGCUUCUCAGUCAAAACAAGGUUCCUGGUGAAUCACUCCUCAUUUAAUUGGAUGCCUAAAGUUACUCUGAUUUUCGACAAGGAUUUUGAUGAAAUUGGAGCGGUCAACGGUUUCCGGAAGUUCCACUUCAACCCGAAGGGAGUGAGUAAGAUGAUGGAUGCUAAUGAGAAGACGGGCUUGGUGGCACAGUUUGAGCGCCUGGUACUUGUGGAAGAAAAAUAUAAAAGCAACCGACAAACUGAAAGUCUCCUGGCCGUGACCGAGGAGCUGCAUUUCAUCACGUGUGUGAUGGAACUCAAGCUGCCAGGCCUGAGGAUGGAGGUAGAGACCAGCACGCUGCCCCUGGUGGUCAUCUCCAGUACCGCCCAGGGCCACGGGGCCUGGGCGUCCAUCCUGUGGAGCGCUAUGGCGGCGGACCUCCAGCCAAAGAAUCUGUUGUUCCUGACCCCGCCCACUGUAACCUGGCCACAACUUUCAGAGGUGCUAAGCUGGCAGUUCCAGGCUAUGAGUGAACGGGGCCUUGAUGAGCAGCAGCUAGCCAUGCUGAAGGACAAGUUUGUGGAUGAGACCGAUGGCCUUGUCAGCUGGAACAAGUUCUACAAGUGUGACGCCACCUGGGUUUGGAUCGAGGGCAUUCUGAGCCUGAUUAAAAAUCACUUGUUGUCGAUUUGGCGUGACGGGCACAUCAUGGGCUUCAUCAGUAGGGACUCGGCCAUCGUGCUGCUGAAGGACAAGCCCCACGGAACCUUCCUGCUGCGCUUCAGUGAGACCAAGGAGGGAGCCAUCACCUUCAGCUGGGUGGACCACUCCACGGGUGCGGCCCGCGUUCACGCCGUGGAGCCCUACAAGAAGGAGCUGUCGAUCAGCAACCUGGCCGACAUCCUCCGCCACUACCGUCUCACAGACCCCAGCAGCAGGAGUGUGAACCCUCUGCUCCACCUGUACCCAGACACCCCCAGGGACGAGGCCUUCGGGAAGUACUACACCAAACCAGCAGAAAACACUGAUGGCUAUGUGCUGAGGAAUACCGGACAUUGGUCGGUGCACCCUACUCCCCCUCCUUCACCUGAGGAGAACUGCAGCAUGGAGUCCAGCCUGAACAACAUGGAGUCCAGCCUGAACAACAUGGACACAAGCCUCAGCAACAUGGACCCCAGCAUCAACACAAUGGACCCCAACAUCAACAUCAACAGCAUCAUCAGAAACAUGGACUUCGACACGGUAUUUUAAUUGAACUGCCCCGAAGAAGCAGAAUGCUUUUUGAUUUUUGUUGCAUAUUCGUACAUUACACUGUGUAUAAAGAAAAUCUAUUCUUUGCCCUCUCCGCCAGUAGUUCUGAAGUGACGCACAUUUCCCGCCUGGGAUGAAAAACCAAAGUAUUUAAACGUAUCUUAUUGUACGCUGCAGCGCACCAUUUGAUUACAGUCUUUCUUUUGCUUCUGUCCCUAGAUGGAGCUGUUCCCUGGGUUGUCUGACAUGGGUGGACCACUGCAUGAAUACCAGCUUGACUAUUGAGCUGCUAUCAGACGUGGACUGGACCGACCAGGGCAACCUUUCUCCGUGGUGAUGACCUCAUCACCUGUCGACCGUUUGAUCGGGUUUCUCGAUCGGUAUUCUCAGCUGUAACGGACAACUGUUCCAAACUGUAACGUUUUCGAAGAGAACAAUUUUUAAUGAGCUACUGACCAAAAAUCAUCCAACAUAAAUCAAUCAUCAUAGCGCAUUCCUCAGCUGACCUAGGGAUCUCCCAUUUUGAAUUCAUUCAACAGAAAAGUAUUUUGUGCUUUAACAUGAUCUGCAUCUAUUCUUUGAAUGCAACCAUUACAACCAGUGAUCAACACACACCUCUAUGGGUCGCUGUACGUCCGUAAAAAACUGCCUUGUAGGAAGAACAACAUUUUUGGGGUGAACCAUUUAAUUCUAUCAAAUAUACCACGUUCUCUUAAAUAUUUGUUUUAAAUGUUGCCAUUUUAAGGGCUGUGCAUUUUUAAGGCUCUUAGAAACGUUUAACGUAGGCAUCCAAGCCCAGGUGGACUGCAGUACUCUUAUGUGCUAUUUUCUUCCUUUGCUGUCAGUGAAUAUUAAUGUGCGGAAAGAUUGAAAUAGGAAGUGACUGCUGUGGUACUCCAUAUCAUUAUAAUCAUAUCAUCUCCUGGUCGCUUCGUUAUAUCGUAGUUGAAGCUUUAAAUGUGCAAUCCGAAGGAUUCGGAUAAUGUUCUCUGGUUUGAUUGAUUUCUGUGUACUUUAACUUCUCGAGACAGAAAAAAAAAACAAUGAAGGUGCAAUUUAGUUUUUGUUUAUUAAAAUAAACGUUGAAUAUAUGUUCCAAAAGCAAA